UUCAGGUCAGAUGAGCGAUAAAUUUCAAGCAUUGAAUGUAUGCGUGACAGCUGCAGCUGCUGCCAAGAUAAGCAGCCAAGAAAUUCUAUGCUGGGUCAGUGAAACUCUUCAGACGGACAUAGUUACUCGAGUGCAUGAGCUUGGAACUGGCGAACACUACUGUUUGUUACUACACAUGCUUUUCAAUUUCAAAGAGACAAUCCCUCUCAAAAAAAUUAAAUUUGGUUCAAAAGUUGAAGUUGACCAUAUAAAUAACUGGAAGUUCUUUCAAAUGGGCCUUAAAUCUGUAGGCCUAGACAAAGAAAUCAACAUUGACAAAUUGGUGAAACAGAAGCCCAUGGACAAUUUAGAGUUUGCUCAGUGGUUUUACAAAUUCUUUGACGCUAACAGAACCACAGACACGGAAUUAUACGAUCCUGUAUUUGAACGAGAAAAACGUGGAAUCAUUUUGGAAAGACCAAAUCAAAACCAUUUUAACACGUCUCCCAACAAAAAGAAUAACGACUCUGAAUCGCGUAUCACCAAGUAUUCGGCUUCGACUAUGAAAAAGAACGGACACAGUAAACCGGCUAAAGGAAAUGAAACGAGUAUCAGAGCAAAUUCGCAAUCGAACACUCCCUCUAGGGGCGAAUUGAACAGAUUAACUGGAAAAGUCGAAGAAUUGACUCUAAACAUUGAAGGCUUAGAAAAAGAACGCGAUUUCUAUUUCAGUAAACUGAGAGACAUCGAAAUAAGAUGUCAAGAGAGUUCUCACAACGGAUCGCUUCCAGUUAAAGCUGUCUUGGAUAUUUUAUACAGCACAGAAGAAGGAUUUGCUACUCCAGAAUAGUUCCAAAAAUUAAGGAACUUUGGUCGUUUGCCCGCAUUUAGCUGAUCUCUACAUAUCAAAAGCAAUAUCAUCAAAUAGCUCUGUCUUCUUCGCAAUCACGAUUUAGUUUAGAGGGAUCUUGUUUCUGGGUGAGCAUUCGGGGUCAAUUGUUUCCGGGUCAAUUGCAUUCUUUUAUCUUCAAUGUGAAUAUUGCAAAUAUUGUUUUUAUGAAUUCUUGUAGUUCCUUUUCUAAAAGAUGAAUUGUAAAUUUGUAAAUGGUUUUGGUUUCACUGUAGCUGAUUUAGUAAAAGUUUUU